CUUCCGACAGUGAGGCCCGACCCCUCCCGAGCGCUCUUACCGCGUAGGCUCCUGGGUGGGGAAGCAAGAUUCGGUCUUGCGCAGUUCUUGGUGUUUGGAAUCAGGCUCACACUCAACGCUCUUCUGUCACUUGUUUGCCUCUGCCCAGGAGUGCGAGUGACUUGGUUGUCCACCCGUAGCUAGGCAGUGGAUUGCCAUGAAGCGGGCAGCGAUGCGGCUUUGUACCCUGAACAGGGGGCUUCUUAUUCAUGGCAGAGGACUGACUCAAGGAUCCCAGUACACCCCAAAACAAGGACUCUUACACAUACGUGAAGCAUGUUCAUCUAUUCAUGUGAAUCAUGUUCGGGAUAAGUUACGGGAGAUUGUAGGAAUAUCCACAAACUGGAGAGACCAUGUAAAAGCAAUGGAGGAAAGGAAGUUACUUCAUAACUUGUUGGCUAAAUCUCAGAAAGCCCUACCACCGAGGAAAAUGAAGGAUAGUUACAUUGAAGUUCUCCUUCCUUUGGGUAGUGAUCCUGGACUACGAGACAAAUAUUUGACUGUUCAAAAUACAGUAAGAUUCGGCAGGAUUCUUGAGGAUCUUGACAGCUUAGGAGUUCUUGUUUGCUACAUGCACAACAAAAAUGAUUCUAUGGCGAUGUCUCCUUUAUCAAUAGUGACAGCCCUAGUGGACAAGAUUGAUAUGUGUAAACAGAGCUUAAGCCCUGAGCAGGACAUUAAGUUCACUGGCCAUGUUAGCUGGGUUGGAAAGACAUCCAUGGAAGUGAAGAUGAAAAUGUUCCAGCUGCACAAGGAUGAUGCAUUUUGGCCUGUUUUGGAUGCAACCUUUGUAAUGGUGGCUCGGGAUUCUGAAAACAAAGGACCGGCAUUUGUAAAUCCACUCAUCCCUGAAAAUGCAGAAGAAGAAGAGCUCUUUAAACAAGGAGAAUUGAACAAGGGACGAAGGAUUGCUUUUACCUCCGCUUCAUUACUGAAAAUGGCUCCCAGUUCUGAGGAGAGGAAUACCAUACAUGAGAUGUUUCUAAGCACACUGGAUCCAAAGACUAUAAGUUUUCACAGUCGAAUUUUGCCUCCUAACUCAGUGUGGAUGGAGAAUACAAAACUCAAGAGCUUGGAUAUUUGUCAUCCUCAGGAGCGGAACAUUUUCAAUCGAAUAUUUGGUGGUUUUCUUAUGAGGAAAGCAUAUGAACUUGCAUGGGCUACUGCUUGUAGCUUUGGUUCACUCCAAUUUUGGGCUUUCUCCAUUAGUGGAUCCCGGCCAUUUGUGGUAACAGUAGAUGAUAUCAUGUUUCAAAAACCCGUCGAAGUUGGCUCAUUGCUUUUUCUUUCUUCACAGGUGUGCUAUACUCAGAACAAUUACAUUCAAGUCAGAGUACAUAGUGAAGUGGCCUCUCUUGAGACUAACGAGCAUAUGACCACCAAUGUCUUCCAUUUUACAUUCAUGUCAGAAAGAGAAGUACCCUUGGUGUUCCCCAAAACAUACGGAGAGUCCAUGUUGUAUUUAGAUGGACAUCGGCAUUUCAACUCCAUGAGUGCCCCAGUGACCUUGAAAAAGGACUACCCUGUGGAGCCCUAGGAAAAUCUCACUUGUUGCAAACCAGUACUCCCUGCAUAGAGGCAUAGUGCCUAAUAAAGUCAUGCUGAAAAGUG